AUGUCGCAAACACAUUAUCCCCCACCACCCAUGUCAGCUCCGGCCCAUGUAACCUCAUUCAACCACCAAAUCCCAUCAGUGGCAAAUCCCAAGAUCAACUACCCACCUCCCCCAAGACAACCACCACCAAACGCAGCAUACACAACACCACCACCAGCAGAGAGCCCACAACCACACAGACACACGCCUUCAAGCGGAGGCUAUCCGCCCCCGCCCUCCUCCACAACCCCGCAGCAAGAUCCCCAGAUCGCGCAACAGAUCGCGCAACAUAAUCUAGCAGCUUUCAACCAGAAUGCGGCAAUCGGAAUGGAGAAGAUGCCCGGCGGCGCACCAGCCUACGGCGAAUUCACCGGUGCGACUGCGACUAACAGCGACGACACGGGCAUCUUCAAUGGCGGGAGUUAUCGUGUCAGUCAUCGGGAUACCAAUUCACUGUUGACGGUUCAGCUGGCUAUGGGAUGUCCAUUGACUGCCAGACCUGGCGCAAUGAUCGCAAUGUCCCCAACAAUCACACUACGAGGCAACGUCUCCUUCUCCUUCAAGAAACUCAUCAUCGGCGGUAGCAUGACAAUGUCCCACUAUACCGGACCAGGCGAGCUCCUCCUUGCGCCUUCGACACUGGGCGACAUCAUGGUCCUCCGCCUAACCGGUAAAGAGGAAUGGAAGAUCGGCCGCGAUGCCUUCCUUGGUCACACAGCUGCCGUCGAGCACAAGUAUCAAGCGCAGAGCUUGGCGAAGGGUGUUUUCUCCGGCGAGGGGCUGUUCAUCUAUAAGAUUACGGGGACGGGAUUACUCUGGAUACAGAGUUUUGGGGCUAUUAUACAGAAAGAUCUUCGCGAGGGCGAGUCUUAUUUCGUCGAUAAUGGACAUCUUGUCGCGUGGAAUUGCAAGUAUAAGAUGGAGCGGGUUGCUUCUGGCGGUAUUAUUUCGGGGAUUAGUUCUGGGGAGGGUUUGGCUUGUAAGUUCACGGGGCCUGGGACUGUUUAUCUGCAGACGAGGAACUUGAAUGCGUUUGGGGCGCAGAUGAAGAUGACUGCUGGUGCUGUUUAG